UUCGCCAGUGGCGGCGGCGGUGUGGCACACCGCGGACGGCGCGGGCGCUCAUCCGGGAUGGACGCCCGUCAAGAUCCACUCCAACCAUGGUCCAUAUCGAUAACCCACCCGCGAUCACUAUCGUGCUGUCGAUAAUUACGUGCUAAGCCCGUGCGUGUAUCCGGAUGACAUGUGACCUUACGUUGAAUGGACUUAAGUGAGAGUGUGUCAAUGUUUAAGUGCUAUAGUGAUAUGUUUCAAGUUUAGAAGUUAAGUGUUAAGUGUGAUCUCGCAACGCCGCGCCGCUAUAUUAUCUAUCAGCUGACUAAGGAUUGCAUCGGAAAAUUGUGUCUUCGUUUUUUCAUUAAAAGCAAUUUGACAUUUCCAAAUAACCAAAGUUCUAAUGAAAAAUUUUAUUCGAUUAAAAUUGUCAUGCUCAACAUUUUGCUCUCGUGAUAAAUAAUAAUCAACCAUCCGUUUCAAAUUGUAAUAGCCGAUGAUUUUUCAUGCUCCAUUUUAAAAUCGCAUUUUCUUUCGAAUUAAUCAAGAUUGAUUGCUGAUGAAUGUGUUUUUGGUGUUUUCGUAUUUGUCUUUAGUUUCAACUUAAAGAUGGUUAGGCAGAUGUCCAUAAAUAAAUCGAGACAGUCAAUUUGACAGAUGAACACUUCUCACUAUGAAAUAGGAAACAUAAUGAGGCCAUGUUGUUCAUAUUGAUCAAAUAACACGUCGACAGGCUUUAUUUUCAGUCUGAUAAUAUUAUAGUUACAACAAGUGCUAACAAACAUCUUCCAAGAUGAUGCAAGCGCUGCUGGAAUCGCUCUACAAAAUCUAUACAGAUUGGCGCGCACCGAUGACGGACGAGUCGGAGUCGGGGCGGCGGAGUCGCGCGCCGCCGGCGCCGCCGCCCCGCGCGAGCGUGCGCCCCGAGCCGCGCCCGCGCACCCUGCCGCCGCGCCUCAUCCGCCCGUCGGAGCACCUCGCCAUCGUGGAGCAGGCGCGGGAGCGGCGCCCGCCGCCGCUCGUGCCUUCCGUCACCGUCAUACAGGGACAUCAGGGCCCUCGUCCACCGCCCGUCGUGCCUUCCGUAGCGGUGGCUCAACCGCAAAGUCGCCCGCCACCGCUAGUACCUGCCGUCACUGUGUUCAAUGGGCCGCAAAGGCCGCAGAGGCCGCAAGGGCCGCAAAGGUCGCUUGUGCCGCGGCCUCCGCCCCCGCCUCCUGGGCCGCGGCCCUAUGUCCCGCCGUCGACUCGCAUGCCAGCUCCUGUGCCGAAUCCUGUUAUGAGGCUGCCACAACCGAGGAGAGAUGUUCAGCCACCGCAAGUCGUUCACGCACCUCCAGUGCAGUUGCCGCCUCCCACCGCCGCGUCAUCUCCGCCGGCCUCGCACUGUUCCGCCCCGCGCACCAUCGUCAUCCAGCGUCCUGACGCCCGCCACGGCUUCGGCUUCACGCUCCGGCACCUCGUAGUAUACCCGCCAGAGUCUUUACAGGAAUUAUAUGAGGAUGCGCGGCACUUGGCAGUGGGCGCAGUGGGUGCGCCAAUGGACACCAUCUUCGUAAGGUCCGUGCGGCCGGGCGGGCCGGCGGCGGCGGCGGGGCUGCGAGCCGGCGACCGCGUGCUGGCCGUCAACGGCGAGCCCGUGGCGUGCGGCCGCUCGCGCGCGCCCUACGCCAGGGUCGUGCAGCUGGCGCAGAGGGAGCCCAAGACGCUGAGGCUGACUGUUGUGCCGAGAGACCACGAUUUAUUGCAACGGUAUUUCAGCGAAGCAGCGUACAACCCAGAGACGAACCAGCGGGUGCUCGAAAUGCCAGCGGUUACUGAACACGAGGCACGCCUGUUCGAUGCGUGCCGCCGGCCGCGGCUACCAGCGUUGCCUGCGCCGCAAGCUCCGCUCCGACACCGCGAGGAUCCGGAGUACGCGACCGUGGCACCGCCGCCGUCGAGGUUCGACGUGCCACGACUACCGACUUCGCCGCACUAUCUUUUACAUGAUGGUAGGAGAGAAUCCGAUACAUCACUUCCGUCAUCAGCCGCGGAGAGUAAAGACAGUCUCGGCUCCUUUGACUCCAACUCGACACUCACGGGCCGAGAGCUGGACGACUCGAUCAUCCUCUCCCGAAUACGAAAGAGCCUCGAGCAGAAGGAGGCCUUCCUCCGACGUCCCAGUCAACCCACCGGGUGGGUCACCCCGGACGCCCCACCGCCCCCGAUCAAGCAGAAAGAAUUCUACGCCAGACCGCAGAAGCUACAGAAACCGGCCUGGCCGCCACCUCCUUCCUCGCCCCCACUCGCAGCAUCCCCCCCACCGCCGUCACUCCAACCACAAACCCAAGAACAGAGGAAAGAAGAAUGUGCCACUAGUGUAGACAGCGGAACUUAUAGCGGUUAUGGAGAAGUAAACGGAACGCAUAACGAUAAAAGUAGAACGAAACAGGACAAGAGCCAGUUUGUGGCGACGUUGUCGAAGAUACAGGAAACCUCACCGAGUAUUCAGAGUACGAAUGUCGGAACUCUUACCAAUGGAUCCACCAGCGAGUUCAGAGAAGACAAUGCUUCUUCUAGUAACCAGGAUAAUAGAUACCCAGUACCUGAGCUUCAACUAGUAACAGCGCGCACGAGGCAGCUAGAAGAGGCGCGAGGCGUAGGCGAGAGAAGAACGGAAGUAGCGCGGAGUGAGCUAGCGCGGCUCUCUACCACGAGACUGGAACCCAGUGUGGCGCUUCGGCGGAAGGAGUUCGAGACCCGGACCUCGCGGAGAGAGGCGCGCUCGCUGGACGUGCAACCUCAACAAGAUUUAGAGCAGGAGUCGUCAAUCCUCGGCGGCAGUUUGUCAGGCAACCAGCUGAUGAUAACCGGCAGCAAACACCUCCAUUGCCCACCUCCUGAUGGAUACAUUAUGCCCGAAACUGAAAAGGUUCAAAUGCGAACAAGGUCGAAUAGUACCGGUAGUGAAGGAUUAUCCAUUAGAAGACAUCAUGCCACAGAUGGCAGUCACGCGAAGAGACGUAUGGGGCUGAACAGAGAGCAAAUGGAGGCCAUGAACCGGGUGUCGCUGCCGGGCGAGGGUCCGCAGAGGCCGACGCAGCUGAGCCUCGCGCCGCCCUCCGACGCAUCGGCCUCGGCCUCGGCGCACACCUCGCCCUCGCCCACGCCCACCACGCCCACCACGCCCGCCGACUCAGGAUUUGCUGACGACAUAGUGACGAGACGACAUAAAAAAGAUGCACAUCUCGGAGAAGAGGAGCGUGCAAUGCGAAGGGUGUCCUACCUAAAAGCGACUUGGGGUGACCGGCUUCAUUUGGACAGUGACGUCGAACCUGAUGCAGAUCAUCACGGCCUUAGAAGUGCUUACCGAAAAUGGCGACCUCCACGAUUCACUGAAGACAUUACACCGCUGCUGAGAAUAUUCGACCCCCAAGCCACCCUCCCAGAGCGUCCUGAGAAGAAAGGGCAGGAGACGACUGAGAGCAUCGAAUCUUUGGAGGCGGACGUUCAAGGCAACGUUCAGAUCAAGAUGGUGGUCAGCAACGGAAAGCGCGCGAGCGACAGAUCGUGGAAGCAGGUGUGGGCCGUGCUGCAGGGCACCAAGCUCUACCUGUACCGGAACCAUCCCACGCAGAGCCCUGGUGCGGUGACUGGCAGCGGUACAGGAACAACUGGAGCGGAAGGAGGCUCACGAGAUGCCCUGGACGUGCGUUAUUCAUUGGCUGCCUUGGCAGACGAUUACACCAAACGGAAACACGUAGUGCGCGUCACUACAGCCGCGGGUGCUGAACUUCUACUACAAGCUGAAGGUGCCGCAGACGCCCAGCGCUGGCUCGCGGCGCUGCGCAGACACUCAGCCGAGCCUCCGCCGGUCGAGCCUGCGUCGCUGCCGCCGCCGCCCUCCUCCGCGCCGCCCACCACCACCACCGCGCCCGAGUGCCCCUCGCCGCUGCCGCCGCAGCGCAGCAAGAAGAUCGGCAGGAACAGGUCGCCUACCGGUCCCCCAACGCCAACACUCCCGUCGUCUCCCAAGAACAAGACAUGGAAGGGACGCAUGGCGAAGCAGCUGCGACGAAUGCACGGAGGCGCCACGACGCCGGCGCCGGCCGCCGCCACCGGCUGGCUGGGCGCGCCCUUGGAGAGGUGUCCCGCCGAUCCAGAAAAUCCACUAGUGCCCAAAGCAGUCACACUGCCCGCACAGGCCGUCGAGGCGUACGGUCUCCGCACAGUGGGCGUGUACCGCGUGCCCGGCAACGCGGCCGGCGUGGCGGCGCUGGCGGCGGCGCUGGACCGCGGGGAGCCGCCGCCCGCGGGCGACGCGCGCUGGGCCGACGUGCACGUGGCCUCCAGCCUGCUCAAGGCCUACCUGCGUCGCCUGCCCGACCCCAUCCUCACCGCUCACCUCUACCCCGCCUUCAUAGCUGCCGACCGGUCACCGGAAAGAGCGCGAGAGCUGCGAAGGCUCGUCCACGCUCUGCCCGAAGCCCAUUACGAAACACUCAAGUACCUGAUCCAACAUUUGCGCAGAGUGGUUGCUCACUCCGCCUUCAACAAGAUGGAGGCGCGGAACUUGGCCAUCGUGUUUGGCCCAACGUUGGUGCGCGCGGCCAGCGACGACAUGCUGGCCAUGGUCAACGACAUGUCCAGUCAAUGUCGCAUCAUCGAGUCCUUCCUAACUCAUUACCCGUGGUACUUCGAGGACGAGGCAGACGAGCCGCCGCGCGAGACGGCCGCCGCCGCCGACCAGCUAUCGCCCGCGCCCGCGCCCUCGCGCGACCUGCUCAUACACAACGUCAAGAAGAUUGAAGGCAAAGACGUGUCGACCCGCGACAUCGUGUCGUCCAUCAUAUCGGCCGCAAACCGCAAGAUCCAGCGCAAGCCGCGCAAGAGCGACAAGAAGUGGGAGGCGCCGCGCUCCCCGGGCACCUCCCCGCCGCGCUCCCCGCUCACCUCCCCGCCCGCGCCCCCCGCCCACGCGCGCCUCGACCCGCUGCCGCACUUCCUCGACCGACACCACGACCAAGACAAAAUCGAAAUGGAGGCAGUAGCGGCGCUGGCUCGCCGGCAAGACAUCUCGCGGCACACUCUCAACAACUUCUCCAUCGAUGGGGCCGGAGACCUGGUGUCCUCGCUGACGAGCACGUUCGACCAGAAGCUGCGCACGCUCAACAACUCGUCGCCGCUCGACGACGGCAGCAUCCCCUACGCGGACGAGUGCCAGGACGACGACGAAGGCAAGUCGAGCGGCAGCUCGCCGUCCGACGCGGGCUCCGUGCGCGGCGGCUCGCCCGUGCGCGCGCGUGCCGACCAGCUCAAGGCGGCCUGGCUGCGCUCCGCCUCCUCGUCCUCCGACGAGCCCGACGCGCGCGCCUGGCCGCCGCCGCGCGCGCGCGCCGCUCCGCACUCCCCGCACGCCCCGCCCGCCGACGACGACUCCGAGAAGGAGAACUGCGGCGCGGGCAACGAGGCGCGCCACGACGACGAGAAGGACGUGGACACACGCUCGCAGAGCUCGGGUGAGCCGCUGCCCGACAACGACAAGCCGCACGCCGACUGCGCCAAGCGCGCCGGCGCCGUCGCCGCGCCCGCGCCGGGCGCCGACGACGAGCGCAGUAAGGUGCCGCGCGAGGCGCCGCGCGUGCUGCGCUCCGAGUCGCUCAACUGCCGGCCGCAACGGAGCGAGUCUCUCGGCAAGGGCGAGCGGCUCGGCAAGGCGGAGAAGGGCGAGUGGAACGCGGUGCGGCGGCGCGAGGCGGGCGCGUGGCGCAGCACCAAGCUGAAGCGCAAGAACGGCAUGCCGGAGCGCGGCAUCAAGCGGCGGCACACGGUGGGCGGCACCAAGGACUUCGACAAGGACGGCUGGGCGGCGCGCCACACGCGCACGUCGUCGCCCGACCUCACGGCGGCGUGGCUGCCGGCGCCGCGCGCGCCGCUCGAGUCGCACGUGUGACGCUCGAGCCGGGCCGCCUGCGCGUGGUGCUCCGACUUCUGGCGGUCGCGAGACGAGGCUCGCGGCCGCCCCGCGUCCUAUCCGUUCGGAUCCAGCGACGGUUUUAUUUCUUUCUUUACGAGAGAGGCUAUUAUUUGAUUUGAUUCGUUUGACUGAAUAGAUUAAGUCACAAAUUCUUAAUAAUAUUAUAUUGUGUAAGUAGACGAAAAUAAUACUCAAAAUCUUUUGUACAAUAACGCAUCUCAUCCAGCGCUCUUACGACGUACUUGCGACUAUCGGAAAAAACGAAUAUUACCUAGAUAAUAAAAAUGUAUUAUGAUGGUACGGAGGAUUGGUUUCGUCUGCAAUUUUAUCGAUUGAAUAGUGCAAUACAAUUUAUAUUAUAUUGACGAAGAGAACGUAUAGACAUAAACUUAAAAUUUAUUAGUGAAAGCAUUACUGAACUCGGCUCACUAUAUAAUGCCAAAGAAUGAUAGAAGUGAAGAUAGAUGAGAAGUGACUCGUUGAGAAAAUGGUUGUACGCGACGCGACGUAUAACGAUGAGAGAACAUAGAGACCACUCAUAUUAUGAAGUUGGUCCAUAAAUAAUGAUUAUGAAACAUGGAGCAACGAAACGUUAUCUAGAAAAUGAUAUCAUUAUUUUCUGUAGUAAAUUUUAGCGUACAAUUUGUUACGCGUGUCAUGUUAUCCCACAAAUCUACAUAAUAAGUUCGUAGUUAUGACUCCCUCUGUAGGUAUUAAACUACUUUUAACGGAGUUGAUGUGGGACUAAAAAAGGUGGCUAAAAGAGUGCAAAAUAAAACAGCAUAAUAUAAUUAAAUAAGUGCUAUUAGAAAAUAAAUAUAAUGAAAUUAGAAAUGCCGGAGGGCUCACUUUUAGUGUUAAGAUAAGCGAUAGAAACCGUUAAGGUAUAAGUAUAAAUAGUAUGACAUAAAGCGCUAUAAUACUAGUUUAGCCUUUAAAGGACUGUUCGUUUUACAGCUACUAUUAAUAAGUAGGUAGGUACUGGAGGAGUUUCAGAUGUAAUGUGAUUAAAAUGGUAUUUUAAAAUAUUAUACAUGCAUGCACACAUCACCUUGCCUUCGCAAUUUAGCGGAAUCAAAUUUUUAUGCACAAUUCUCAAUUAGUAGAUAUUUUACGAAUUUGAAGUUACCUUCUAGUGUUUUCGUUCGGCAAGAAUGAUGGAUGUUAAACAUUUUAGAUACUAAUUUUAAUCGAGCUAAUACAUGUAAUCUAAGCCUUGUAUUUUAAACUGUUUUUAAGGCGUCGAUGAAUAUAUAUUUUAAAAUAAUGACGCAAUAGAUAUGAUCUAAUUGUAAUAGUAAUUAAAUAAUUGACUCUGUGUAGAAGUCGCGCAGUGGUGCGUAUGAACUGCGCCGAUAUGACACCAACACUACAGUGAUACUAAUUAAAGUGAUCCCUUAAGCUAUGUAAAAAUGUACAUUUAUUGUAUUCUUAAUUUAUAUUAAAUUUGUUAUCGUAGCUUUGUUGAAUGCAAUUAUUUUUAUUGUUUUGUUUAUGAAAGAAAGUAUUUUAGGCUAAAUUCGAUUGUUAUUUAUUUUUGAGAGUUGUAAAACGUAUUCGGCAUUAUUUUCUUCUUUUUUUUAACGAUCAGUUUUGUAAAUAUUGCCCUGUAAAAUGUUUUAGUCUUUCGUUCAUUAAUUUCUUUUUAAAUUUUAAUACCAUCAUUAAGUUAAGACGAUCUCAAGUUUGUUGAAUGUUUGCAAAGCGUUCCUUUUAAAGUUUUAUUUGUAAAUAUAUCAUAUAAUGUAGGGACAGUGAAUUUACUAAUUGUACUCGCUAGCGUAGCGGUGGAGGACGAGUGGACGAGUGGCGUGACGACAGAGCGCGAGCCGCUCGAGCCAGAGAUUGUAUUCAAAGUAACCUAUUCAUGCUCUUCGUAUAAUCCGCUAUGAAAUUCAAUAAACACAAUUAAAGACAUCUUGAAUAUUAUGGUUCAACCCAGAUCUACAUUAUAUUUGUCAUUGUGUAUAUUUUGGAGAAAUGAAAAUAAAAAAUAUUAAAGAAUU